AUGCAACAGCUGGAGUGCGCCGUCGACACGGCCGAGGUGGAGCACGAUGGAUGCGUAUUCCCCACGUUUCUGCACAAGCACAGCGGCGACUACAAGGGCCGCGUAGUCUUCAUCCACGGCUACAGAGACAUAUACGAGCUAUUUUUCGGGCUCUUCAACAGGCUGACCGCCAGCGGCUACGACGUCCAUUUCCACUACCAGCGCGGCGAGGGCACGUCGCGGCCGGCCAACAACGUGCAAUCCAGCAACGACGACUCGCGCGUCUACCAGGACAUGGACUUUUUCAUCAAACGAAACCUGGAGUCCGACGAAAAGGUGAUUCUGAUGGGCCAUUCGAUGGGCGGCGGGCUGGUUCUCAACUACAGCGCGUUCGGCACGUACCGCGACCGGCUGCUACUGACGGUCGCGUGCUCGCCGCUGAUCGAGCUCUCGCCAGAAACAGCGGUGCCCAAGUACCACGAGUGGGCGAUCCGCGCGCUGUGCUGGGCCGUUCCUCCUGUUCGGUACGUGCGAAUCAAGACCCCACUUAAGGUGGAGUACAUCUCGUCGUUGCCCGAGGUGCAGCAGUCUGUCCAGAGCAGGACGCCGCCGGCCAGACUCACGGCCACGGCGAUCGAGGCGCGCGACUUUGUGCUGCGCGGGAAAAGACUGCUCCAGCCAGAACUGUACACUCGCUACAGCAGGGACCUGCCAAUUGCCGUCCUGCACGGCAACGCCGACCACAUCAACGACUGCCAGGCCAGCAAGAAGUUCGUCGCCAACCUGCACAGCAUCGGGUGCACCCACGCAAGCUACACGGAGCUCGACGGCGCCGCACACAACCUCGCUGUCGAGCCGUGCAGCGACAUUUUUUUCCACCAGCUGCUGAAUAUUCUCGACGCCAACCGACGCACGGGUCAAUAA